AUAAUAAUAAUAAUAAUAAUAAUAAUAAUAAUAAUAAUAAAAGGUCAUAAUUGUGUCGUCGGAAUAUCAAAGCUGCAGUCUUCACCCAAAUCCGUUUUCUCCAGCAGAUUCGUAGUUUCUCUAUCUACAGCCUCGUUUGAAUCACCUUCGACAUGGCCUCCAGUAGCCAGAAUGGAAUUCAACUCUUGCUAGCUGCAGAACAAGAGGCUCAGCACAUUGUCAAUGCUGCUCGAACUGCCAAACAAGCCAGACUUAAACAGGCAAAAGAGGAGGCCGAGAAGGAAAUUGCUGAAUUCCGUGCUCAAAUGGAGGCUGAAUAUCAAAGUAAAGUCGCUGAGAGCAGUGGAGACUCGGGUGCUAAUGUGAAGCGUCUUGAAGCAGAAACGGAUGGAAAGAUCCACCACCUGAAGGAAGAAGCUUCCAGAAUCUCCCCUGACGUUGUCUCCAUGCUUCUGAGGCAAGUGACUACAGUAAAGAACUAGGUAUUGGUUGAGCUGCGGCUAUGUUGUCCCGUGCUGACCCUGAUACCCCGGAAUAUAUGUUGGUUCGACUUGUUAUUUACUAUUGUUUUAUUUGGUGUUCCUCAAUUUGAUUCCUUGUUAUCGAAUAAAGCUGUGAGAGUUUGUGCUCAACUGCAAAAUUUGUUACUUGACUUUCUUUCCCUUGAGGUAUUUCCAGCUUCAUGCUAAAUUAUUAUACGUAAACAGAUACUUGAAA